CCGACUGCUCCAAGUGUAUCUGCUCCAGGCAAUCAAUGAGGACCGCGAUGCUUACUUCUGCAGCUCUCUGCCCCUCUUUCUCUCAUUCGCCUUACCAGAUAUUAUAGUGCAUUUCAACUUUUGUACAGGCAUACAGGCAAGGGAAGUUUGGAUUGCAUUUUUGAUCACAAUUUACCUCUUGUUUUCUGUAAUAAAUAUGAGAGGUCGGUUUGUUGUCACUUUUCUUUGGAAUGUAAUAUGUGCUAUUUCUUAUGCUGUUUUACGGGUAGGAUAAGGAAACAACAAAAAGGUGUGACAAGAGCUUGGCGGACAACUGUGGAUUUCUGCGAGUAACUCCUACCGUCAAAAGGGGAUGAGGGGGGCAUCGGCCGGACCCCCCUCUUGAUUGAUUACUUAUUAGUCAUCCCUUUGGCUAAAUGGGACCCAUUGAAAAGGCACCGUGGAACACAUACAUGAAUCAAAUAUUCCUGUGUCCCCCGAAUGUCUCCAGAGUAGUUUUGCUUAAGAGAGGGGGUCGUGGCUUAGCAUUAUAAAGAGGGAAAAACAGCAUAGCUUUAUGGGUUUAUUUAGACAGUUUCUACGGUUUGACAUUCUACGGCUUUAAAAAAAAAAGAGAAAAGGAAAAACUCGAGAGGAUUCCAAAGAGGAGAACAUUUUGGACAUACAUUUUUUGUAGUAUUCCGUUGUUUCUUUUAUUUUUUUUCCCCUUUUAUUUUAAAUAUUUUUUUGCUAUUUCCUCUCCCGAAAAAUGAAACUUUGGACAUCUCCCUGGGUGUCUUGCCUGGUGAUUCUCAUCUUGUGUUUUGGAUCAGAGUGCGGGACAGUCCGGAGAUCCAAGAGGGAGUUGGUGCGCAUUAGGGAGGCGAAAGCCACCAUCCCAGGGGCUUGUGCCACACGUCUGCCCCGGGGCAAACGCUCUUUGCCCGGCUUGGAGCGACGGGUUCCUCGCCAGCGUCGGCGCUCCACUCAGGCGGAGGAAAACUCUCCGGAUCGGGGCAAAGCUGUCUAUUUUACCGGCAGGGGAGAUCAGCUGCGGCUGAAGCCUGGCGUGGAAAUACCAAGAGGAAAUUUUACUCUGGAGAUGUGGAUCAAACCAGAGGGAGGUCAACGAUCACCCACAGUGAUUGCAGGCCUAUACGACAAAUGUUUCUAUGCCUCUAGUGACCGAGGCUGGUUGCUUGGCAUCCAGGCGGUUAGUGAACAUGGGAAUCGUGAUCCCCGCUUCUUCUUUUCUCUUAAAACGGACCGUGCCCACAAAGUGACCUCCAUCCACUCCAACGCUCAUUAUGGACCCAACCAAUGGGCACAUGUGGCAGUCACAUAUGACGGCGUGUACAUGAAGCUCUUUGUCAAUGGUGCCCAAGUGGGUGUCAGCCGCGAGCAAUCGGGCGAUGUCUUCAGCCAUUUGACCAAAAAGUGCAAAGUGCUGAUGAUUGGGGGAAAUGCACUGAAUCAUAAUUACAGGGGGGCAGUGGAGAGGGUGGGCCUAUGGAGGCAGGCCAGAGGGCAGAGGCAGAUUAUCAGGGAUAUGCAGGGCCAUGAGGACCCCCAAGAUCUACCUCAGCUGGUCAUACGUGAAACAUUCGAGCACCCAGGCCGGAAGUGGCUGACUGUAAAAGAUGGUAGCUUUCCUCAGCCUGAGGAAGGGGGAGUUGGACGAUUGGGAUUCCUGGGUGGUGGUGGAGUUGUUAAUUCUGAGGGAUUAUUGGACACAACGCUCGACCCGCCAUCUUGUGGUCAAACUGUCUGCGACAAUGUUCAGGUUAUCAAAAACUACAACAACCUUUGGAACUUCCGUCGACCCAAGAAAGUACGUUAUCGUGUCAUCAAUGUUUGGGACGAUGCACGGAUGAAGCCAACUGUAUCAGACCACCAGAUCAGCCUGCAACACCAGCAGCUAAAUGAUGCCUUUAGCCCCUACAACAUAACCUGGGAGCUUAGCAUUCACAACGUGACCAACUCCUCCCUUCGAAACCGCUUGAUUCUAGCUAACUGUGAUAUCAGCAAAGUUGGCGAUGAUGCAUGUGACCCGGAAUGCAACCACCCGCUGACAGGGUAUGAUGCAGGUGACUGUAUGUCUGGACAUCGGAGCCGUUGCGCUGAGCACAAGCAGGGAAAUGGUGUGUGCGACCCUGAAUGUAACUGGGAAAACUUCUUCUAUGACCUUGGCGACUGCUGUAACCCUAAUGUUACCGAUGUGACCAAGACAUGCUUCAACCGCUCGUCUCCACACAAAGCCUAUUUGGAUGUGAAAGAGCUGAAAGAGAUUCUGAACUUGGAUGGCUCAACUCACCUGAAUGUCUUCUUUGCCAAUUCUUCUGAUGAAGAUCUGGUGGGGGUUGCCACCUGGCCAUGGGACAAAGAGGCCCUCACACAUUUGGGUGGAAUUGUGCUGAACCCUUCCUUCUAUGGUACGUUUGGUCACACUGACACAAUGGUUCAUGAGAUCGGUCACAGUCUUGGGCUUUAUCACGUUUUUCGAGGUAUAUCAGAAGUCGAUUCGUGUAAUGAUGCAUGUUUGGAGACGGAGCCCUCAAUGGAGACUGGAGAUCUGUGUGCGGACACCAACCCCACCCCCAAGUUCAAAGGGUGCCACGAUCCUGAGCCUGGCAACGAAACAUGUGGCGGUCGGCAUUUCACACACACACCUUUUAACAACUACAUGAGUUAUGCAGAUGACGCUUGUACCGACUCCUUCACCUUGAACCAGGUGGCUAGGAUGCACUGCUACCUGGACCUCAUCUAUCAGACCUGGCAACCUGCCUCCAAACCUCCUCCAGUACCAAUGCCACCCCAAGUGGUUGAGCAGCAUCAUAAUUCCAUCACCCUGGAAUGGUUUCCACCGAUUUCUGGACACUUUUACGACAGAGAAGUGGGAUCAGUGUGUGAUAAAUGCACUGAGGGGAGAGUCCUUCUGCAGUAUGCCUCCAACUCCUCCUCCCCACGACCGUGCGCACCUUCUGGACACUGGUCUCCACGAGAGGCUGAAGGCCCUCCAGAUGUGGAGCAGGCCUGUGAGCCAAGUGUGCGCACCUGGAGCCCAAAUGCAGGGAUUGAGCAAGGUGUUGUUGGCCUGUCGGAGUGUCCUCUCCAGGGCUGCAUGCUUCAGCUGGAGUUCCCCUACCCGCUGGUACCAGACUCCCUGACUGUAUGGGUCACCUUCUUCAGCCCAGAAGAAACAGCACUGCCAGCUAUCCAUAACAUCUUGCUCCUGACCGUCAGUGGGAACAACAUUUCUUUGGGCCCCAGUAACGUCUUCUGUGACACCCCAUUGACUCUGAAGCUGGACAUAGAGGAAGAAGUGUAUGGGGUACAGUUUUUCACUAUGGAACAACACCUAGAGAUUGAUGCCACUCUCUUGGCAUCCAAGCCAGACUUCAGACUUUGCAGGCAUUGCCAACCACUGCGCUACCGCCUGUUGCGUCAACCACCUUUCACACAUGCACCACAUGGUCUGAUGUUAAAUGAACCUACCCGCAGAUAUAUAGACAGGGAUGUGGCGCCACAUGUUGUGUACACCUACCAGGUCCAAACCAUCUCCAGCCGGAGUGAGAGUGAGCCCUCCGCCCCUCUGGUACACGAUCUGGGGGCACCCUACUGCGGAGAUGGACGCAUCCAGAGUUCCAAAGGAGAAGAGUGUGAUGAUAAGAACUCUAUGAAUGGGGACGGCUGCUCCAGUCAGUGCAAGAAGGAGCCUUUCUUCAACUGUGUUGAGGAGCCAAGCAUGUGUUACUACUAUGAUGGCGAUGGGGUGUGUGAGGAUUUUGAACGAGAGACUGGCGUGAGGGACUGUGGCCUCUACACCCCAAAUGGUUUCCUUGACCAGUGGGCCUCCUCUGUCGAUGUUUCCCAUGAGGAGAAGCCAUACUGCUCCGGGGAGGUGGCUGCGGGAUACCCUGCUGUAACUAAGACAUGUCAGUCCAAGGUGUUUGAUCUGUCAGAUGGAGUGUCCCAGUAUGCAUGGUUCCCCUGUCGCGAGGCUCAUAAUACUCCAUAUGGAUAUCAUAACUAUUUGCUCAAGGCCCACUUUUCUCAUCCUAUGGUGGCAGCAGCAGUGAUUAUACAUCUGGCUGCAGAUGGGACUGGCUACCUUGACCAGACUCAGUGUAACAUCACUGUCCGGCUGGUGGACACCAAGGAUGGUAUCCAUAGUCUAGGUGAUUGGCGUCUGAGCUGCCGCACCAACCCUUUGGUUAUUCCGGUGAGCCAUGACCUGUCAGUGGCCUUUUACCACACCAAGGCAAUCCUGGUCAUGUUUGCGUCUCGCCUUGUUGCCAUCUCUGGAGUUGGCCUGCGCUCCUUCCAGUCCUUCGACCCCAUCACGAUAAGCGGUUGCCAGAGCAAUGAGAUCUACAACCCGACAGGCCAGAGUUGUGUACAUUAUUCGUGCGACGCCAUUGACUGCCAGGAACCCUUAAUCCGCAAUGCAGAGCUGAAGUGCAGUAGCCCUGGCCGCCACUUCUACAAUGGAGACCGCUGCACCAUCUACUGCAACUCUGGAUACGUCCUGCAAGUCCACCAGGACGAUGACAUCAUCAAGAGCCAGUCGGACUCUACAGUGACUAUUACGUGUGCAAAUGGGAAGUGGAACAAACAGGUCUCAUGUGAGCCUGUGGACUGUGGUAUGCCAGACAAAUACCAUGUCCAUCCUGCCCAUUUCAAGUUCCCCGAGGGCACCACCUAUGGCAAGAAGAUCACCUUUCAGUGUCGAGAACCUGCUCAGCUCGUAGGUACAAACAACACCCUUACCUGCCUGGAAGACGGUCUCUGGUCCUUCCCAGAGGCUCUUUGUGAGCUUCGCUGCCCAGCCCCUCCGCCUGUACCCAACGCUGUGCUGCAAACCAAGCGCUGCAAUGAGACAGGCCUCAAAGUGGGAUCGCUCUGCAAGUACAAGUGCAAGCCAGGUUACCAUGUCACCAACAAACCUAAGAGGCGCGCGUUUAAGAGGCAGUGCACAGAGGAUGGCAGCUGGCUAGAGGGGGCAUGCGAGCCAGUGACUUGUGAUCCCCCACCUCCCAUCUUCCACGGCUCCUAUCACUGUACUGAUGGUUUCCGCUUUGACAGCGUUUGCAAACUCAACUGCUCUGAUCCAGCCGGUAAUGCUGCUAUCGCCGCCACAGGAGGCUCUGCCCAUACGGUGAGGCUGCUGCACGCUCCAUGCAAGCAGGGCGCUGCAUUCAACGUGAUCCGCUGUAGGAAGGAUGGAAACUGGACGGGGUCAUUCCGCCUGUGCCCACACAGCACAGGCCAGUGUACUUUACCUCAAAACCUCCAUCACAGCCUACAGUACUCAUGCAAGCGAGGACACGGCAUAGGUGAGGAUUGUGAGCUGACGUGCAGAGAGAGUAGCAACGACGUGGUGAUCCUCCCUAGCAACAUGACAGUAGAGAGUGUACUUAAAGAGCACUGGAGGAACCCGCACAAAGUCAAGAAUAUAGUCUGUACCAUGAGACUCAAAUGGUAUCCACACCCAGAAUUGCUCCACUGCAUCAAAGGAUGUGAGCCAUUCAUGGGCGAUAACUACUGUGAUGCGGUCAACAACAGAGCCUUCUGUAACUAUGAUGGAGGAGACUGCUGCCAAUCCACAGUCAAGACCAAGAAGGUGAUUCCAUUCCCCAUGUCCUGUGACAUUCGGGAUGAGUGCUCCUGUCGGGAUCUGAAUGCUAUAGAGAACAGAAAGGAGGAACAUGUGCAUUCUCUGGGGUGACCAACCUGAGCAGGAAACUCUGUUCAACAACGGACCCUUGCUGCAACACAACACAGCCAGAGUGGCCGAGGCAGACCCCUCCUUCAUCCUUCUCUCAGCCUCCAAUUUCCUGCACAUGCUGCUUAACAGGCAUACCUCUCCAUCCAUACCGCAACCCCAACCAGCUGAAAUGCCUCCUCCACAUCACAGAAAGAUCAAGAAUAGAGGAUGGGAAUCAUGAGACUCCACAGAAACUUCAUUUCUCAGCUUAAAGGAAAGUAACACUGCUAUAUCAUCAUUAAAAAAAACAUAUGCAGCAAGGAGAAAAAAAAACAUGAAACAAACUUUUUUGAAAGAAGAAGAAAAAAAAAAAACCUAAAGAAAAAUGUAACCAAGCCUAGGUAGCAUGCCUUUUGUUCAGUUUUGUGCUGGCUUCAGUGUCUAUUUUAGUGACCUUGCUUUACAAUCACAUGAUUGAACCAAAGGUAAAUCAAAAUGUGCAAGUGAGGGAUUGUAUGGAUGUUGGCUACCUGUUUUGCAAAUAUGAAGGAAAUCAAAAAGACAAAUGUUAAAAAAAUAUUCCUCAGACCUUUACAGGCAAGUUCAACACCUUUUCGGAGGGGCUAGAAGUUUGUGCGUAUAUCAUUCCUGGUUUCCAACUGGUCAGUCACUUGGUAUCAACAUGUCCUUUACAGUAAAGUGUCUUUCUUUACAGUAGAGGCUAUAGAGGUUAUUCCUAGCUUGGUGGGGAAUGAGACAGCCAUAUUAUUGAGUUUCAAGCCACAUAUUCAACACAAAAGCCAGAAUAAAAGGCACAAACACACACACAAAAAAUGCCAACUUAUUGUUGAACAACAACACAAAUUAUUUCCUACCACAAUUUUAUAUUUAGGGUAAAAUCCUGAAUGCAUAAUUAAAACAUUUUUAGCAUGGCUUCUGCUACUGUGUUUGCUGCUACUUCCCAUUUUCACAUCAUAAUAACUAAUGGGGUUAGACAGCAUUGUCUCCCUUGCUGCUUACAGUACCUCUUUAUAGCAUUCAUUAACACGUGCAUGUCAGUCCAUGAUACUUUCAUAGAAUACAUGUUGACAACACCACAUGAAAUGCACUAAGAACUUUAAAAAACCCCAGAACCUCACUUGUCAUUUCCUUUUAACCCAAGCGUCCCAAGAUAAAUACCACAUACAUUGAACACGACUUAAAGAAUGUCAUCGUUAACACCUCACUUCGGGUUGGGUUGAUUCUAGUUUCAGUUUUAACUCCUCCCUCAUGGCACUUGAUUAGAACUUUGUGACCUCACGUGCCAAAUCAAAAAUGUUUUAACUGAAGACAGAAUCAUCCCAGCCUGUUUGGAAUGUAGUCAAUGCUUGUCAGAAGUCUAUAGCCUUUUUGAUCACACAGUACUGCACAGCACAUUCACACACAAGGAAGAACUAAAGGGCUGGAAAUAGGUCCUGGCUCUUAGUGAGAAUGAGUAUAGGUGGAAGGAGACGUCUUCUGACAUUCAAACACAUACACACAUAUUUCUCAUUCUCUCCCCUCCCAGUAGUGUUUGACUCUCAGCAGUAGUUAUGCAGGCAACAAUGCAAUUCAUGAAAAUGACAUUUGGAUGUAUAUGUCAACACAGCAUUUACAGUCACAAUAUGAUCAAAGGUCCCUAAGAUUCUCUGCUGGGUCCAGUGUUUAAGUAAUUAAGUUAAACGUAACGUUUGUCUCUGCAGUAGGCACACUCUGUUGUUCUGAUCAGGACUUUUCAGUAUUGUGAACUCAGUCCGUCCCCACCAAUUAACUUUAAUAGAUCAUGUGGCUGCUACAAUGGCCUUGUAUUUUGUUAUUCCUCAUUCCAGACACAUAAAGGCUACACUAGUUUUUUUUCAUGCACAUUUGAUAAUGAAGGCUGCUUGGCAUAUUGGUCCACAUUUUGCUGCUCUUAUUAGGCUGCAACCAUUGUCAGGGUUACAUUCAGCAUGAUUGUGACUUUUCAUUUCAUUUGGGCCAAUGGCACAGUCCCUGUGACUCAUAAUAGGCUGCUAUAGCAUUUCAAAUCAUCCUCAUAAAUCAUUUUAGACAAAAAAAUGUACAAGUGACAAUGUAAACCAGAUUUCAUGUCAUUUUGAAACCAAUGUAGUUAAGAACCAAGAAAAUACCACCAAAUGCAGCAAAAGUGUGAAGGUAUUAUUUUCCACCAAAUACAAAGAAAAUAAACAAAAAUAUCGUGUAAAUAUAACUAUAUGUUGUUGAUUGACAGGAGGGUAGACAAAUGUUUUUUUUUUAAUGUUUUCAUGUAUUUCAUUUUUACAAAAUGUCAUAUUUAAUCAGUGUUUGUAUUAUUGACCUCAGUUACUGCACUUUUUUAGUUUCUAUGUAAGAAGAAAAAAUAUAUCUUUCGAAAAUGUUUAGAAGCUGCUAUUGUCAGAAUGGUGAUCUGAAACAAACUGUAUGUUAUGGUUUUCUGUCUUUUGACUCCCUGUGUUGCUAUUAGCUUUCCUGUCAUUCGUUUUUGUUUUUGUUUAUCUGAUUAUAGAUGCUCCUCUCCAAACUAAACUCACUUUGCAGUAGAGGUUCUAAAUGAAGUAGGGAGGUUUUGUCACUACAAACUAUGUUUCCAUCCAUCCAUCCAACCCUCCAUCCAGACAUGAAGGCCCAACCCCACUAAAAAAAACAUAAAAUACAAAAAUAUAUAUAUGAAAUAGGGAAAAUAUUAACACAUUAAGUUUAGAAGGUUAUUUAUGGUUUAGCUAGACCUAAAAUUAGUUUGCCGUUUGUUUUUCCCUUAUAAGUGUGUGUGUGUGUGUGUGUGUGUAGUACAUCAUCUUAUGUUGAAAGUGUACAUUUUGGCAGAGAAACCAAGUGAUGUCAAAGGGGAAGGAAAAGCUUAAAUGAAGGAUUUCCCAUCAUAAAUAGACAGUGUAACUUUUAUGAAAUAUGAAACUUUCUAAAGACAUUGUAAAUGCUACAUCGUCUACUAAGCUUGCAUUUAACACUUUAUAUCUAAACAUACAGUAUAUAGCCUUGGUCAAAUAAAAUAAAAGAUGUAUUAUGUUGAUAUUAUCAACUUAUAUGUAAUACUAGUACUCCGGAUACUGCUGCGUUACAUAAAACCAUUAAAAGUGGGGAGAGACCACCACACCUGCAAUCACCACACCAUGCCAAUGACAUGCAGCACAUGCAUACAGUGGUUCAUUAACGGCCUCCAUUGUAACCUUGUAAAUGGAUGAAUCUGAAACGUCACUUUGGAUCAUUCCCUUCAUCUUAUAAUCGUAGUUAACAACCUGUUCUUGCAUCUACAUACUUUGACUAACUAAGAAAUAUCCUCCUCAACAAUUGCUUGUAUCAUUAGUCAAUGUCUGGAUACCAAAACAACUGAUUGUUAUCACGAUCAAAACAGCUACAGAAUGUGACUGCAUAUCAACUUGAACAAUUAUAUUCUUAAUAAUGCAGAAGGUACCCUUAAGCCAUAGCUAACCAAGAUAUUCAUGGAAGGAAGUAAAAGAUUACGCAUUGGAUGAGGACAUCACCUCUCUACUGUAGUCAUCACAGGAUCCCUUGCUGUACCUCAUGCCUGUAAUGUUUGCUGCUUCUAUAUUUUUGGUAUUUUAGUGACAUUUUUUGCGUCUCAUUACAAUGGUGUACAUAGUAGAACUAUUUAUUGAGAGUGUUAUACUUUUUUAAGUUAUAUUUAAUGUCCAUGUAAGUUAUUUUUUACGUUGUGCUUAUAAAUAGACACAUUAUCGGUUGUGGGUCAAAACUGUCAAUUUGCCUCUGUCAUCCCGCUCUGUUGUGAUCAUUGCUGUCAAGCAUUGAUCAGAUAUACAUACCCCUUCAGGCUCGUGACCACAAAACAUUCUGUCUCACUGGUCAUUAGGUUUAGAUGAAAUCUGCUUGCAUCCAAUGAGCAUUCACCACAUGUUUUAUGUUCCUGAGUGCAGUGUAUGUUAUUUUCCUUUUAAACCAGAAUGUAAAUUUUCUUUUCUUUUUCUUUAUCUACUUAUUUUUUGAAAUACACACAUUAGCCAUACGUACACAAGUGGUGUAAAAAGAACCAAUUAUAUAAUGGUCAAAUACAUAAAUCCAUAAUAUAGCAAAUAAUGUUUCAAGGGACAAAUCUAAGGAACAAGGAAGAACAUUCAGAGCCAGAAGAGGACAGUAGAAAUGACAAAGAGAGGGGAAAAAACUGAAGGAAAGGAAGGAAUGGAGGGGAGAAGGCAGCCGAUGGUGCCCCAGAGAGUGUUCUUGGAUGGCAGGAAAAGUAGAAGGUGGGCAUGGAGAGAGGUAGGGAUGUGUGGGCUUCUUUUCCUGGCCUGUCUAGCUAUUUGUCCAGGUGUGAAAAUGUGUACUCACAGAGGCUGCCCCUGGGCCAGGGGUGGCGGGCGCUGACUGGCAACAAGCCAAGGCCAAUGAGUCAGAGUUUCUCCUGGGGGUGGCAGCCAUCCCUUUCUGGGACUCCUAACACCCUUUCCCUCACCACUCCACCUCCCGACUCCUCAACACACUGCCUCAUCUGUCACUGUCAGGUAUGCCUGCGCAGGUCUGCCAGGGUCACGCUGGCCCUGUGAAAAUCAGAGAGGAUGUUUGCCCAGCUUACAGAGCCUUUUGAAGUUAGGCUGAAGGACCACAGUUUUCCUCAGCUAGAGCAUAUGCUUAUCACAUAAUAUGAUUUGUAUAGCAGUCUUUUUUUGACAGGCUUUGAUACCUCUCCACAUUUCUCACCAACAGUCAGUCCUUUGUUUCUAAUUUAACACCGGGAUGUUGUAUUGCUCGUCUAAAAAUGGCAGAAGCUUUGUAGUGUCUAAGUAAUUACAAAGUGUUGGGGAGUGUAUGAAAGAGUGUCUGAAGUCCUAAUAUUUUUGCUCACAUUGUGGAGAAAAAUACUGAUGUGCCAUCUUGUUGUAAGACAUUUUCUUUGUGUAUUGUAACACAUCAAGUACCUCUCACAGGCCUCUGGUUAUAGAAUGGUCCACUUAUGUAUGUUUCCGAAUCCCUCAAUAAAUUAAAAAAAAAGGUAAAUUGUCCUUUUUCUAAAUGGAAAGUACAAAAAAAGUGUAUUUACAUAUUACGUGGAUAUCUAGUGGUAUUACUGCGAUGUUUCGUACCUGAUUGCUCAACAAAUAUAUUUUAAGAUGUAAAUAAUAUUAUAUGAUGAUUGUAUUUGCAAACCAUGUACUAACUGUUUGAGAAUAGCUCUUGGAUUGAUUUUUAUCAUAACUAUUAUACAAAGAAAUGAACCGUGAAUAUGUUGUGCAUUGUGUCAAAGUAUCACCUGCAAGACAGAAAAAAGAAAAAAAAGACCUGUGAUGCUUUACCACACCACUCGCUGUCAGCAUUUAUUUGUUCAUAAUGGCUUAGUACAAGCACUGUUGUCAGUUGUCUAAACCAUGAAUUUAUCCAUUGAGUCAUGCAAUAUUUAUUUGUUGUCAAGAUGAAUAAAAUCAUAAUGGUAAUUUCUGGGUCUUAGGAGUCUGUUGAAAUUGAUCUUUAUAAUCAAACUGGCUGAUCUUUGUUAUGCAAUGAGAAGUUCAUUUUCAAUUUGUCUUCAAACAGCUUUCAUUUCAAACUCCAUACUGUAUUUCUUCCAGUCUUAUCCCAAUGCCUUUGUGUUUGCUGAGAGUUUCACCAACACUGUAAAGGUAGCCAUCGGACUCAGAAGUCCAUCCCUCCCUCUGAUGGCCUCCUCUCUCUUUGGUUCUUACACAGUAUGCACUUUUUCAGGCACAUAUACAACAGAUUGGACUUUUAUGUUUCAGUUUAUGUUUCUCUCUGUUUUCACAGUUGCAAUUAUAUAUAUUUUUGGUGCUCUGGUACAUGGCAAAACAUGUCUGAUGUGUACUAUAUUUUCAUAAGGAAGAGUCAUAAAGAUGAGUAUGAUGUUCAUUUUGCUGUCAUUUAUUGUGUAGAAAUAAAACACUGGUUAAAGUGAACAUAA